AACAACUCCCUCAUAUUAAUGACAGGAAGAUAUUUUACCAUAAAAAGCACAGGUUGUCUAGUGUUGAAGAUUUUGCGAAAUUGAGAAACGAAGAGAGGAGGCGCCUCCUUAAGAACCUAUCGGACGAAGAGUAUCAAGAUAUUAUGAUAUUUUGUGAAAAUUUCCCACACAUCGAAAUGAAUGUAGAAACUGGAGUUGAAGAUGAUGAAGACACUAGUUUAAUAUCAGCUGGUUCCUAUGUCACAAUAAAAGUUACCUUAAUAAGAACCGGAUUAUUAGAUUAUUACGGAACCUCUUCUCGUGAUAAAGAUUCAGGAUCAACUCAUAAUGACUCGAAUAUUGACAAAGACACCGAGACUUUAUCUUUUGUUGACAAACCAAAUGAAGGUAGUGUUGUCAAAGUAGCCUCGCCCACUGGCAAAAAUAAACAACAAAAAAUUAAAAAGAAAAACAAACAAACGAAAGGAGGCGGAGCUGGAAAGAAAAGGCAAACAAAUACACAAAAGCAAAAAAGUGAACCAGUCACUAAUGUUAAAAAGGAAAGUACAGACGAUACCAAAGAAGAGGAUAAUGAAUAUGAUAAUGAGGAUACACUUGAUGAUGAAGAGAGAGAAUGGAAGGAGCUCCAAAAGUCAGUCAAGAAAGAGAGAGAGCAGCAGAAGAAUCUAGUCAAUACAAGUCACCUUGUCCAUGCUCCUUACUUCCCAGCAGACAAACACGAGUUAUGGUGGGUCUAUGUAGCACAGAAGAGAACAAAAUCAAUAGUUAUACCACCAGAACGUGUCACUGGAUUAAUUGACAGGAAAGAAGUAAAUCUGAAGACGGUAAUGGAAAGGAAAGGUCUAUACAGAUACACUGUGUAUGUGACCUCUGACUCCUACAUGAACUACACUGUACAGCAAGAUAUCACUAUCAAGGUGCAUGAGCAGAAGGAGGUAUCAGGUAAAGAACAAUGGAAGGACCUUGAGAAAGAAGAGGAGGAGGAGGACAUGAUUGAAGAGAGUGUCACUGAAUCUGAUACUGAUGAUGAUGACAAUAGCGACUAGAAAUUAUUUAAAACUGUAUUAUUAUUAUUAUUUAAUCUCUAAUAAAUGAAGUAUUUUUGAUACGAU